GGUGGUGGAUCAGGUCAACAAUCAGUUACUGGUUUCGUUGAAACCACCGACGGCAAUAGCUUUUGGCUAGUGCAAGCAGGCUAUGGCAAACGCUGCAAACGCGGUGAACCUGUGCCUUGUGGAUCGGUAAUUCGGUUACGCCACAUUAAUACCAAAGGGUACCUGCAUAGUCAUUUGCACGCCUCACCCUUAUCUCAUCAACAAGAAGUCAGUUGCUUUGAUGGACAAGAUACAGGUGACGACUGGAAGGUGGAAUGUGUGGGGUCAUCGCGUGAUUAUUGGCAUCGCGAAGAUCCUAUCCAGCUACUUCAUGUGGACAGUCAAGCCUAUUUAACGUGCAGCCCCAAUCAUCGCUAUGGAAAUCCUAUCCCGGGACAACUGGAAGUAGCCGCCGCCAAAUCUACAUCAAAAAAUGCCCAAUGGAUGGCUCAGGUACGUCAUUUUAGUGGGUGUCAAAUCAUCGGAUUUCAUGUUAAAGCUCAUUCCACCUCAUGUUCUGUAGGAAGGCAUCUAUUUUUCUUCGACUUUGCAUUAGAAUGA